AUGCCACCUAAAAAGCUAACAGUUCCCUCAGUUCCCUCUGAUCAUCCGUUCUCCUCACAUCGCCUCGAAUCAGACCGGGUCCAAAGGUUGAGAAGUUCACUUCUGUCGUGGUAUGCUGCACACAAACGCGACCUUCCUUGGCGAAAAGAACAUGUCCCACUACCACAAUCAUCUGAAGAUGCAAGCAAUGAGCAGGCGUUGCAGAGGGGAUACGAAGUGCUGGUGUCAGAGAUCAUGCUGCAACAAACACGUGUUGCCACGGUGAUCGACUACUACAAGCGCUUUUUGGAGGCAUUCCCGAGACCUAAAGACUUAGCAAAUGCAUCGCUAGAUGAGGUGAACGCACUUUGGGCCGGUCUCGGGUAUUAUUCACGAGCAAAAAGAUUGCGUGAAGCUGCUGCAUAUCUCACUGAGCAACCGUUGCCCAGAACUGCAAAAGAAUGGGAGAAUGUACCGGGAUGCGGACCAUAUACGGCAGGUGCUGUGGCGUCUAUUGCGUACAACGUACAGGCGGCAGCCGUUGAUGGCAAUGUUGUGCGUGUAGUGUCGCGCUUAGCUGGCGUACAAGUUGGUGACUCCACAACGAAAGGGAAGGAGUUGAUGUGGCGGUUAUCUGGGGAGCUCGUAGACCCGAAACAGCCAGGCCAGUGGAACCAAGCACUGAUGGAUAUUGGGUCAAGCAUUUGCGUGCCACGAAAUCCCAACUGUGGGGUUUGUCCUUUGGCUGAUGAUUGCAAAGCCCGGGCAGAAGCUACGCUCGUCGACACUGGGGGUACUAUCAAGUAUGAUAUCGAAGACCUUGGUGGAUGCACGACAUGCCUACCGCCACCAGAUAGUGAUAUGGAGAUUAGAGAAGGAGCAACGUGGAUUUCAACACGGUAUCCUCGCAAGGUCGUGAAGAAGGAGUCUAAGGUGGAGGAUUCCGUCUGCAUCAUAUUUGUACGGCAAAAGACGGGUAGAGACAAGGAUGAGUUCUUUCUCAUCAAGCGACCUGACAAGGGACUUCUUGCAGGACUAUGGGAUUUCCCUACGCAGGUAUUGACGGAAGAAACGCCUGCAGUUACCGCGACGAAGACGAUGCCUCCCCUUCCAUCAUUACUUUCCAAAUACUUUGAUGAGUUCGCUGCGGAGCUUGGUAUAUCUGAAGCGGAAACAGUGGAAAGGUCUGAACCAGUGACGACACUGCACGUCUUCACUCAUAUUAGACGAUAUACGAGGGUUUUCAAAGUGCGAAUAGCACCAGAUGUCGAGCUGGACGUAGAAGGAAAAUGGGUGUCUGACCCUGUAGACAUUGGUACAGAGCUGGGAAGGAAAAACUGGGCUGCUGAAAAGCCCACUACAAAGCCUGCAAGGAAACCUAGGAAACGUGUCUCAGAAGCUAGCGAAACAAGAGGAGGAAAGAAAAGCGUUCAGCAGACGCUGAGCGGCAUGUUCGGCAUAAAGAAGGCGGAGAAUGCUGGAUAA